AUGGCCACCAGCAGCAGCAACAACACACGAGAGGACUUCGAUCCGCCCAUCGUGUUGGGCGGUGGUCUGUUUGCACAAGAUGACGACGACAGCGACGACGAUCUUCUUUCCGCGCAAGAGGUAGAGGAAGAAGCCCGCCUGGGCCAGCAGAAGUCCUUCCUCUUUGCCGAUCUGAACUUGGAGGUGAGGGAGCUGGGCUACAGUGCCACCAACGCCGCCUACGUGUGGCCCAACGGCGGCCGCCUCGCCACCCUCCUCUCUUCCGGCCCGCCGCGGCCUUCCCCGCUCCUACUCGAGCUGGGCUCCGGCACAGGGAUCCUGUCGAUCUACCUGCGACGCAAGGGUUGGCACGUGGUGAGCAGCGACUACGACGAGGCGGCGAUCGAGGAAAACAUCGCCCACAACUGCCGGCUCAACGACGUGCCGCACCACCACGUGCCCCACACCUGGGGCACGCCCUUCCCCUUCGACCUCCUCCGCGCCCGCUUUGCCGCCAUCGGCGACACCACCCGGCACGACGUGGAUGUGGUGGCGGCGUCGGACAUCCUGCUGUACGCGGAGCAGUACGACAAUCUGGUCGACUCCCUCGGGCAGCUCUUCCGCCACGCCCACGAGGCCAAGCUCGCCCGCCGCCGCGAGAAGGAAUGCGAAGAAGGCGCGGCAGCGGCCGAGGCGGAGGGGCUCGUGGUGGAGGGCACGCGGUACGGCUACCCGGUGUUCCUGCUCAACGUGGCGCGAAGGUUGAAGAGCACGCCGGACUUCUUCGCCAAGAUGGAGCGUGCGGGCUUCGAGAUCCACCACCUGCGCGACGUGGGCUCCAACGUGGCCAUCACCCACACCCGCUUCAACUCCCUCGCGCCCCACACCUGA